AUGGCUCCCUGGGCAAAACUAGCUAUAGUCUCUCUUUUCACCCCCAUCUUGGCUUCCCCGGUACCUGAAGAUAACUCUCAUCUGCAUCAAAGGGCAGCAGAGGGCUAUGAGUCGCCUCCAUACUACCCCACCCCUCCAGGAGGAUGGAUCGCCGAUUGGAGCGAAGCCUAUUCAAAGGCGCAACACAUUGUCAGCAACAUGACACUUGCCGAGAAAGUCAACCUCACCACCGGCACAGGCUUCUUCAUGGGCCCCUGCGUGGGUCAAACGGGGAGCGUUCCCCGAUUUGGAAUUCCAAACAUCUGUCUCCAGGACAGCCCGCUUGGGAUCCGCAAUUCAGAUCAUAACACUGCCUUCCCGCCUGGGAUCACGGUAGGCGCCACAUUCAACAAAGAUCUCAUGUAUGAGCGCGGUGUGGGCAUUGGCGAGGAGGCUCGCGGCAAGGGUGUCAAUAUCCAGCUGGGCCCUUCCGUCGGAGCCUUGGGUCGGAAGCCUCGCGGCGGACGGAACUGGGAAGGAUUUGGGGCCGAUCCCGCCCUGCAAGCCUAUGGAGGCGCUGAGACUAUCAAGGGAAUGCAGAGCACUGGAGCUAUUGCGGCUCUGAAACAUUUCAUUGGCAAUGAGCAGGAAAUGCAUCGCAUGAGCAGUAUUGUGACCCGGGGAUAUUCGUCCAACAUUGACGACCGCACAUUGCAUGAACUUUAUCUCUGGCCAUUCGCCGAGGGUGUUCGUGCUGGAGUGGGCUCCGUUAUGACCGCCUACAGCGACGUCAAUAGCUCCAGUUGUAGUCAAAACAGCAAGCUGCUCAACGGUGUCCUCAAGGAUGAGCUUGGCUUCCAAGGAUUUGUCAUGACUGAUUGGCUGGGUCAUUACUCGGGUGUCCCAUCGGCACUAGCUGGGUUGGAUAUGGCCAUGCCUGGCGAUGGAGCCUUGCCAUUGUUCGGAGACAGCUACUGGGGACCUGAACUCUCGCGCUCCGUCUUGAACGGAAGUGUACCUGUGAGCCGUCUCAACGAUAUGGUCACUCGUAUUGUCGCCACAUGGUACAAGUUUGGUCAGGAUAAACACUAUCCCCUUCCAAACUUCUCGACAAAUACUCAAGACAAGGAGGGUCCGCUUUACCCCGGUGCUCUCUUCUCCCCCAGCGGUGUUGUCAAUCAAUUCGUUGAUGUGCAAGGAAACCACAAGGUCACAGUCCGGAAAGUGGCCCGGGAGGCAAUUACAUUGCUGAAGAAUGAGAUGAAUAUACUUCCUCUUCGUCGCAAUGACUCUCUCAAAGUGUUUGGAAGCGACGCUGGUGGAAACCCAGAUGGACUGAACUCCUGUGUCGACCAAGGAUGCAACAAGGGUGUUUUGACAAUGGGAUGGGGUAGUGGUACCGCCAGGCUGCCUUACCUGAACACACCGCAAGAGGCCAUUGCAAACAUCACCAGCAAUGUCGAGUUUUAUAUCACCGACUCUUUCCCGUCCAGCGUCACCUCCAGUGCUAAGGACAUCGCUCUCGUGUUUAUCAAUGCCGACUCAGGCGAGAACUAUAUCACCGUCGAAGGAAACCCCGGCGAUCGAACACAGGCCGGACUCAAAGCUUGGCAUAAUGGUGAUGAACUCGUCAAAGCUGCAGCGAAUAAAUUUUCCAACGUCGUUGUGAUUGUGCAUACUGUCGGCCCAAUCCUGAUGGAAGAGUGGAUCGAAUUGAAAUCAGUUAAAGCCGUGCUUGUGGCUCACCUCCCCGGCCAGGAAGCAGGCAACUCCCUCACUGACAUUCUCUUCGGCGACUACAGUCCAAGUGGACACAUGCCGUACACUAUUCCUCGUAGCGAGGAUGAUUACCCUGACAGUGUCAGCUUGGUUAGUCAACCAUUUGGUCAAAUCCAAGAUACCUUCUCCGAGGGUCUAUAUAUCGACUACCGUCACUUCCUCAAAGCCAACAUCACACCCCGAUAUCCCUUCGGCCAUGGUCUUUCAUACACCACUUUCAACUUCUCCCAGCCUUCGCUAUCGACCGUGACACCACUCGACACCGCCUACCCACGCAGUAGAACAGUGAAACCAUCGACCCCAGUUUAUGAAAGCGCUAUUCCUGCCGCCUCGGAAGUCGCCUGGUCUUCAUUCACCUUCAACCGUAUUUGGCGCUACCUCUACCCCUACCUGGAUAAUCCCGGAUCAAUCAAAGCGACAGAAAAAUAUCCCUACCCAACCGGUUAUACGACUGAUGCUCACGAGUCUCCACGCGCAGGGGGUGGCGAGGGUGGAAACCCUGCUCUCUUCGAGACAGUAUUCUCCGUACAGCUGCAGGUCCGGAACACCGGCAAGCGAGCCGGCAAAGCUGUACCUCAGCUCUAUGUUGAGCUACCUGCUAGCCUGGGUGACGUGCCUAGGCUACAGCUUCGUCAGUUUGAGAAGACGAAGGAGCUUGCGCCUGGCGAGAGUCAGACUGUUACGCUUGAUAUCACUCGUAAGGAUGUGAGUGUUUGGGAUGUGGUUGUGCAAGAUUGGAAGGCUCCCGUCAAUGGAAAGGGUAUCAAAAUCUGGGUUGGUAGCAGUGUUGCCGAUCUUCCUGUUUUGUGCGUUGUUGGUGGACAGUGCUCUGUCUGA